GCGCAGAGAGCCACAAGCAUGCCUCGUCUCUAGAGAGGCAGAGCGCGUAGACUUGGAGACGCUUUGGUCCAGAGAGGGAGAGAACAGUUCAGCUGAACAGAGCACAGGAGUUGUAUCCCAACUUUACUGCUGCAGGUCAUUUAAACAAAGAGACCUUGUUCUCCAGGAACCUGAGGGCAAUCGUGCAAGUGAGCAUAAAUAAACACACAGUCUCAUACAAGCACAAUGCAGGAGUCAGAGCCCACAGUCUGUCAGCUGCAGCCCAACAUCAUCUCAGUUCGCCUUUUUAAGAGGAAAGUUGGUGGCUUGGGCUUCCUGGUGAAGCAGAGAGUGUCCAAGCCACCUGUCAUCGUGUCAGACUUGAUUCGCGGGGGAGCUGCAGAAGAGUGCGGCCUGGUGCAGGUGGGUGACAUCGUGCUGGCUGUCAACAACAAGCCACUGGUGGACCUCUCUUAUGAGCGAGCUUUGGAGACUUUGAAAAAUGUGUCCCCUGAGAGCCAUGCUGUGCUUAUCCUCCGUGGGCCUGAAGGCUUCACCACCCACUUGGAAACCACAUUGACCAGAGAUGGCCGUCAGCGUACGGUGAGGAUCACCAGACCAACCUUCCCACCCUCAAAGUCUUUUGAUCAGUGGUCCCCUCUCAGUGCCUACAGUCCUGGGCAGCAACACAACAAAGACCCCCAGCUGAGGGCCAUUGAGAACCUGUCCUCUCCUUCCAUCACCCAGACUCUCUUGCAGAGAGGAGGCGUGCCGGGCCAGGAUGGAGGCCGUGGGGUUCUCCUAUGCAAUGGGCUGGAAGAGAACAACGACCUUCUAAAGGAGAUUGAACCUGUGUUGCACCUCAUCAAAAACAGCAAAAAAGAGAUUAACGGAGAAGGCCAGCGGAAUGCAGGGAGAAGUGAUGCAGAGAUUCAAGUGGCAUGGGAUCUCGGGGUGGGAAAUGAGAAAUUCACGCAGCUGGUCUCAGAUAACGACAGGGUGAUGGAAAACAUGCCAGUGGCAGACCACAAUGCUGAUAUUGACAAGUCUACAGCCCAGGGCAGGACCUCACCCAUUAAGUCUGUGCAAAAUGGCAGCCCCUCCAAAUGCCCUCGCUUCAUAAAGAUCAAGAACUGGGAGACGGGCACCAUUUAUAAUGAUGUCCUCCACCACGGUUGCAGUAAGAUGCCAAUCUGUAGUGAAAAUGUCUGCAUCGGUUCUGUGAUGGUGCCAAACCAGCAUGCACGCAAACCAGACGAAGUUCGAACCAAAGAGGAGCUUCUUCCCUUGGCUGCUGACUUUAUUGACCAAUACUACACAUCUAUUAAAAGGUAUGGCUCCAAGGCCCAUGUAGACAGGUGGGAGGAGGUGACAAAAGAGAUUGAAGCUUCAGGAACUUAUCAACUGAAAGACACUGAGCUGAUUUAUGGAGCCAAACAUGCCUGGAGGAAUGCUGCCCGGUGUGUGGGACGGAUUCAGUGGUCCAAACUACAGGUUUUUGAUGCCAGAGACUGCACAACAGCCCAUGGAAUGUAUAACUACAUUUGCAACCAUAUCAAGUAUGCCACCAACAAAGGCAACCUUAGGUCUGCUAUUACCAUAUUUCCACAGAGGAUUGAUGGUAAACAUGAUUUCCGUGUGUGGAACAGUCAGUUGAUUCGAUAUGCGGGCUACAAACAGCCUGACGGAAGUAUUCUGGGAGACCCUGCUAAUGUGGAAUUCACAGAGAUCUGCAUCCAGCUUGGGUGGAAAGCACCGAAGGGUCGAUUUGACGUCCUUCCCCUUCUGCUGCAAGCCAAUGGAAACGACCCAGAGCUUUUUGAGAUCCCUGAAGACCUCAUAUUGGAGGUGCCUAUCAUCCAUCCAAAGUUUGAUUGGUUCAAGGACUUGGAGUUGAAGUGGUAUGGCCUCCCAGCAGUUGCAAACAUGCUGCUGGAGAUUGGUGGUCUUGAGUUCACAGGAUGCCCCUUCAGUGGCUGGUACAUGGGCACAGAGAUCGGCGUGAGGGACUUUUGUGACAGCUCACGCUACAACAUUCUGGAGGAGGUUGCCAACAAGAUGGGCUUAGACACUAGGAAGACUUCUUCCCUCUGGAAAGACCAGGCACUUGUGGAGAUUAAUAUUGCUGUUCUCUACAGCUUUCAGACCUGCAAAGUGACCAUUGUAGACCAUCACUCAGCCACAGAGUCCUUCAUGAAGCACAUGGAGAACGAGUAUCGUGUGAGAGGAGGCUGCCCUGGAGACUGGGUGUGGAUCGUGCCUCCAAUGUCGGGAAGCAUUACUCCAGUUUUUCACCAAGAAAUGCUCAACUAUCGUCUUACACCUUCUUUUGAGUACCAGCCUGAUCCUUGGAACACCCAUGUGUGGAAAGGAGUCAACGGGACACCCACAAAGAAAAGAGCCAUUGGAUUUAAGAAGCUUGCCAAGGCUGUGAAAUUUUCAGCAAAGUUAAUGGGGCAAGCCAUGGCCAAGAGGGUUAAAGCCACCAUACUGUUUGCCACUGAAACGGGAAAAUCGCAAGACUACGCUAAAACUCUCUGUGAAAUUUUCAAGCACGCCUUUGAUGCCAAGGUCAUGUCCAUGGAUGAAUACGAUGUGGUGGACUUGGAGCAUGAGACACUUGUUUUAGUUGUAACCAGUACAUUUGGCAACGGGGAUCCACCUGAAAAUGGAGAGAAAUUCGGAGCUGCCUUAAUGGAAAUGCGCCACCCCACCUCCAACACAGAGGACAGAAAGAGUUACAAGGUUCGAUUCAACAGUGUGUCCUCUUAUUCAGAUACACGGAAGUCCUCCAGUGAUGAACCAGAGGUCAAGAUCAAUUUUGAGAGCACAGGACCGCUUGCUAAUGUCAGAAAACCGAACCCCAGGUUAUGUGCUCGAAUACGGUUUUCAGUGUUUGGCCUUGGCUCCCGGGCCUACCCACACUUCUGCGCCUUUGCCCACGCUGUGGACACGCUGUUUGAAGAGCUAGGGGGGGAGCGCAUCCUACGCAUGGGAGAGGGAGAUGAGUUGUGUGGCCAGGAGGAAUCAUUCAGAACAUGGGCCAAAAAAGUUUUUAAGGCUGCCUGCGAUGUGUUCUGUGUUGGUGAUGACGUGAACAUUGAGAAGGCCAACGAUUCCUUGAUCAGCAAUGACCGUAGCUGGAAAAAGAGCAAGUUUCGCCUAACCUACACAGCUGAGGCCCCUGUGGUGACAGAAGCAUUACACAGUGUUCACAAGAAGAAAGUAUAUGGAGCAAAGAUGAUUGAAGCUCAAAACCUUCAGAGUUCAAAAUCAAAUCGCUCCACUAUAUUAGUUCGGCUCGACACAAACAACCAUGAUGGUCUGUGCUACAAGCCUGGUGACCAUCUGGGCAUCUACCCUGGCAACCAUGAGGAGCUGGUAACAGCGCUCAUAGAAAAACUGGAGGAUGCUCCGCCUGUCAAUCAAAUCGUCAAAGUGGAGUUCCUGGAGGAGAGGAACACUGCAUUAGGCGUCAUAAGUAAUUGGACAAAUGAGACUCGUAUUCCUCCCUGCACCAUCUUCCAAGCUUUUCAGUGCUUUCUGGACAUUACUACUCCACCGACCCCUGUGCUGCUCCAGCAGUUUGCUGCUCUGGCAACCAAUGACAAACAGAAAAGAAAACUAGAAAUCCUCAGUAAGGGUUUGCAGGAAUAUGAGGAAUGGAAGUGGUACAACAACCCUACACUAGUGGAGGUGCUGGAGGAGUUCCCUUCCAUCCAGAUGCCCUCAACUCUGCUACUCACUCAGCUUCCUCUGCUGCAACCCCGCUAUUACUCCAUCAGCUCCUCUCCUGACCUGUAUCCAGGAGAGAUUCACCUCACAGUGGCUGUGGUCUCUUAUCGUACCAGAGGUGGGCAAGGACCUCUCCAUCAUGGAGUAUGUUCAUCAUGGCUGAACAGGAUAGAGAAAGGAGAGAUGGUGCCAUGUUUUGUCCGAAGCGCACCAUCAUUCCAACUUCCCAAAGACAACAAAGCACCUUGUAUCCUUGUGGGCCCGGGAACAGGCAUUGCACCAUUCAGAAGCUUUUGGCAGCAGAGACAGUAUGACCUUGAGCAAAACGGGAUUAAGUCGUGCCCCAUGAUCCUGGUGUUUGGUUGCCGACAGUCUGAGAUUGAUCACAUCUACAAAGAAGAGACUCUCCAGGCCAAGAACAGAGAAGUGUUCAAAGAGCUUUAUGCUGCUUAUUCCAGAGAGCCUGGCAAACCAAAGAAAUAUGUACAAGAUGUAUUACGCGAGCAUCUGUCAGAAACUGUUUACCAGUGCCUGAGAAAGGAAGGUGGGCACAUCUACGUGUGUGGAGAUGUAACGAUGGCUGGAGACGUUCUGAAGACCGUCCAGCAAAUCAUCAAACAUGAGGGUCAAAUGAGCAUAGAGGAUGCUGGUUUCUACAUCAGCAAGCUUCGGGAUGAGAACCGGUACCACGAAGACAUCUUUGGUGUCACUCUGCGCACCUAUGAGGUCACAAAUCGGCUUCGGUCAGAGUCCAUCGCCUUCAUUGAGGAGAACAAAAAGGACUCAGAUGAGGUUUUCUGCUCAUAGGCCGACAAAUGGAGGGCCUGUUAAACGCAAACAGCCUAAACGACACUGCAACGCUGAUUAAAGAAUACUGUGCCAAUUUUUGUACUGUAAAAAAAAGGGGGUUUCUUUCUUUUUUUAUACCACUUAACAGUUCUGUUGGGCUCUGCAACUUUGUGUGUAGCAAGUUGGAAAUGUUCUGUUCUGAUAUUGUUUUUGCUUGUUGACGAUACUUCCAAAAAUGUAUAAAUGAACCAUUAUGAUUCAUAAUGUGUGCACUUAGUGUAUUGAACUGCCUCAUUGUGAAUGCAUGACAAAGAAAUUAAUAUAAUCAAGAAAUAUACUGUACUCUGUGUUAUUGUUGCAGUUUAAAUGCUUUUAUUAAGGUUAUAUAUUUGCAAGAAAAUGCGUAUCAUUGAUUUAAAAAAAAAAAGUUCUGUAUUAAAACUGUCAACUUCACCUGUUGGGAAUGUGUAGGGGCUGGUAAAACUAUUAUAUUUUUGGGGAUUUAUUAUUCACAAAGGCUAAAGUAGAUGAAGCUAAGAUGGCAGAAGAUGUACAGGCAUGCAGAUGGCAAAAAGUAUAUGGGUAAUUUAGAAAUCAAGAUAUCAUGUGGACUAGUCACCAAGUUAUGAAAAAAUAUUUUUUUGGUCUCUGCUUCAAUAGGUAUAAUUUGAUUUACCAAUCAAGUAAUCAGCUCCAGACAAAAUACUAUUUAGUGGAACAUUCAUCCUGUCAGGUUUUCAUGUCUCAGCUGGAGCUUUUAAAACUAAUCAAACAGAAAUCUGCCAAAAAAUCAAAUCCACACGUUUAAAUUUAUUAUAGGGUCUGAGAUUUUACUGUUGUGUUCAAUAGGGUACAAUGUGUAAAGCGAAUGAUGAGGGAAUAAUUAUCCCAAAGAGUACAGUUUUGAAUCUGAAAUGAAUAAAGUAAUGGAAAAAGUUAAAGGGUAAUUGUUUGAAUAUGUUAAAAUCUAACUGAUUUUUAAUAAAAUGCUCUAUGAUGA